AUGGAUCACAUCUACGGCGUCGGAUGUCAUCAAAACCAGUGUCAGAUUGCACAGGACGCUAUGGAUUCCGGACCAAAUGGACACGUCAAGACUCUAUGGAGAUUGUCUCAUGCCCUGCACCUACAACGCAAAACAGUCUCCACCAACGCUGAUGUUCGCGUCCUUGUCGAAGCUGCAGGGCUUCAAUUAUUAUGUAAUCGCCUUGCAGAAAACAAAGUCCAGGAAGACGGACGUGAGGCAGCUGAGUGA